AUGGCGGCGCCGGCGGAGCUGAGCAUCUCACCAUCGUCCUCGCUUCGGGACACUGCGGCGGACGACGGAGGUACCGUGCAGAUCACGAGCUUUACGGAGGACGUGCACGACGUUUCCCUCCAUUUUCAGAUAAUCCGCCUCCAGAAACAGGUGAGCCCGCAGAGCUUCUCCUGUUUACCUCCUAUUCCCCCAUCUAGGGUUUAUGUAGGAAAUUUUGUGUUCAGUUUCGAAUUUGGCUUUCACGGAGCUAUGUAGAUCCUGAGUGACGUUCUCAAGGAUUGGCAUUUUGGACGGUCCAAGGAGGAGGACAGGUUGACACAGUCCUCGGUAUCUUUUCCUUGCGUCCGGGUAAAUUGUUAUCUAUCUGCCAUCCGUACCUUCAACUCUGAAGCCACACUGUGGCCUUUGGGAACAACCUUAAACAGUCCCCGUCAGGAAGGUGAAGGAUGCUCGAGUAGGAUACAAAAUUCCCAACGUCCGUAGAGGCAUAUAGUUUCCUCUAAUCAAGAUGCUGCUUGACGUGUGGUGGAGAGCUGGAAUGAAUUCCGAUUCACCCAGUUGUGGACGGCAGUUCAUCAGUAGUGAUAUUUCGGGGUUGAAAAUGAAAUCGGGGCUUGUUUCUACACCCCCCCUCCCCCCGCUACAUUUGAUAGCGUAUGUAAUUUCAUAGGCUGUGAUCUGCUUCUGCUAAUGACUUUCACAAAAUCUUAACAUGGUUGAUAAGCUGGUAUCUAUGAUCACCUGGUUGACCUUGAAAAUUCCCAGCUUUACCAUGGUGAUUGGUUCUGCAUGGUUUAUGUGUCUUAAGCAUUACCAAUUGUUGUUACUAUCUAUCAUGGGAAAUUUUCUAGGGGAAUGGGGAUUAGAGGGAGUAUCAGAACUUGUUAUAACAGUACAUCGGACAGGCCCUGAUUGUGGCAAAAAUGAAACACGUCCUAUUAAAAGAAAGUAGCGACUAGGCUUUAGCCCGAGUCAAAUGUUCAUGUAAACCUUGUAGGUGAAUAAUGUGGACGAAGAAGAAGAUGUGCCCAUGCAUCACUAUAAUAUCAGAUCUUUGGUCCUGAGAAAAACAAAAUAUUUUGAUUAAUGACAACGCAUUUGGUGCCCCCCAUUUAUCAGAUGAUCCCUGCAUGUCAGCUCUCUUCCUACAAAGUGACUGCUUCAUUGGAAUCCAGACACUCUAUUGUUCUCGCUGGAAAAUUGGAAAAGACUAGUGUUAUUUCCUACGAAUCGAACUUCACUGUUUGUGGGAAUUUGGUAUCAUCAUUUCUCGAAUUGAUGUCUCAUAAAAAUCAUCAUGAAGUUACUGACUUUGGAACAAUCUUCAGUGAAAAUAGGAAGACAACACACUGGAAAUAUUUUUAUGUAGAAUGCUGCAGCUAUUUGAAAAACAAAGAACAAGUUUAAAUGCUGGGAGUAAUUUUGGAGCUUGACUACACCUUCUCCUCUCUAACAAUCUCAGUUUAAAAGGAAAAAAGAAAGCUGGCAUAUGGAUGUAGGACAGAGUUAAUUAGCAGAUUAUAAAAGAUUUAUUUUCUUUGCUUAGAGCUGAUGAAUUAUUAGGUGAAUCCCAUGGGGCUCUCUUUUUCGGUAAGCUUGAUAUCUUUGAUCAAAUAAGUGUUGAGGAAUGAGUGAGAUUUUUUUGUUUACAAAGGGGUUACUAAAUGAAAGCAGGAAGCUCCAAGUAAAAAUUGUAUUAAUUCAGAUAGCUCCUCUUGUAUUGGAAGGGUAGAAUUCUGUUGAGCUCUCACUUAGUUCAAGACGCAUAGCUAUUAUUAAAAGGAUUGCUCAAAUAUCCUUCAUCACGCCAUAAGGGAUACAUUGGAACAUACAAAUCUCAUGUAAUCAAUACAAAAGUUGAAAGUGACAGCAAUGUGGUCAACCAUAAUUAAGCAUGCGAGAGUCAUGAAAUAUGUCAAAUAAUUCAAUGCCCUUUAUGGUUAGUCUUCUCUGUCUUUAAUGGCAUAGAUACCUGGAACACUCUAACUUCCAAUGGUGGAAGCAUUAAUAAGAAGAAACGAGAUAUUUGAUAUGCUUAAAAAUAAGUUAACAGAAAAAAGAGAUAGAUGAAAAAAGUUGCUGCUUCUUCAUCGGACAAAGUGAAGCUUUUGUGUUGGUGAUUGGGCCUUCUUGUUCUUAUGGCUUCACCACCAGAGACCCCAAUGUCAGAAGCUCUCCCUAAAAUCGGUUUUUGGACCUCAGAUGAUUAUUGGGAAAACUCUAGAGAGGGUUUGGAUCAAUCCUGGUUUUCGAGCUUCAAAAUUGGAACUUGAACUAGGUCACACAGAAUCAUGUUUCAUAACUGUUUCAAAAGAGAUUAAAAGGCCGUCACGAAGAAACUAUCGAACAGAGAAAUAAUUAUGAAGAAUAACUCACCUUAAAUUGACACUUUGGUGAAAUGGCAUGGAGAAAAUAUGCAUGCAUCUUCAUGGAGGGAUGAUGGAACUUCUGACAGAGAUGUGGGCCGUAGAACUACAUACAAAUGGAACCUAACCAUACAUGUCCCCCAAUUAUAUCUUCUAGGUUGUGUUUUCAUUAUUCUGCAGUCGUUCAAUCUUCUGUUCACCAUAGGAUGCCAUGUUUCUUCUCAAACUCUUCUGUAUUCAGGGGUUUCAUACAGUACAUACAAGUCUGGCAUUUGUACCAGCUGAAGUUUUGUGUUUUCUGUCUUUUCAUACUGCUUCAAGAUUACAGGAUCACUCCGGUCUGUGACUCCAUCACAGAAGUCCCGUAGUGAACCCUGAACUCAUUGGGCGGAACCAGUCUGUAGGAUCUUUUCCUAGAAUAACCCGUAGCUGUUAAAAUUGAUUGAUAAGUGAACCGUGAUCUCAUCCUUCAACCCUUCAGAAUCUGCCCCGUCGAGUAUGUGCUUAAAAUUGAUAUCUUGUCGCCUCCUGUCGUUAGAUAUUUAUAAAUAAGAUUAUUGGAGUAUGUAGUUACGAUCAUAGGUUUCUGCUGAAAUUAUUCAGCAUAAGCCCGUAAGUGUGUAUUUUCCAAAAAGAUUCCUGCAGAUAAGUUAUCAGGUGCAAAAUAUGUUUGUGUUCUUCCACAGCAGGAGCUAUGAUUUUUAUGUUCUCUUCGCCCACAAAUACUGAUAACUGUCAUGACUCCACAGAAUGACCAAUUCAUGAUCAUCCUCUCCUUUCAUGGCUAAUCAUUGCAGAUUUAUGCUUGGAUCGGAUGCAACUCUGCCAAAUUCGGCCACCUGUAUGCAGCUGCACCCACCCGGCCCGUAUGCUACUAAUCAUUCUGACACUCUACAAUUUACAACCUAAUAUAAUGUUUACAUGAAUUUGUGAAAUUGUAUGAUGAGACAAACCUCUGCAGAGUAAUUCAGUAAGCGUCACCUCCCUGCUUGGGGGCGGCUCCGAUAGUGUGGGCUCAGCAAUGGCUCGCCGCCUAGGUUAAGUAGACUCUGAAGCAUCAAUUAUAAUGGUGCUACCGUCCCUUAAUGCCUCUGACGCAGCUGCAUGUCCCAUUCAGUACUGAGGACCGGCCUCAACGUUGUUCUCGCCUGCAACAUCCCAAAGGACAGCCCAAGGCUUGAGGUUCGCUUGUCAAAACUUACUUUUAAUCAACGUUCAUGUUGCCACUGCUGUUGGUAGCUGAUGGAUGUUUGGUUUUUUUUUAUCUCAGGCCGGCGCAGAGAGGAAACUGGUCGAGAAGCUGAGUAGUCUUGGUUAUGUGAAGCACUGA